UUUAAAGUGUGUGAUGGCAGUGUUUAUCGCAGCAGAAGCCCUACCUCCCCAACCCACGGCAGCACUCCCACCCCAACCGCCAGCCCCACAACCACAACCGGCUCCUCAUCAACCAAGGCAACGGAGGCGUGCUAGGCCACCAAUUUUCCAACCCCGUGUCCUACUUUUUGGGAUGCCAGAUGAUGUUGUUGUGCGUAGAUACAGGCUGCCACCACAUCUAAUCCUAGACACUCUCUCCAUAAUAGAGAGUGAUCUGGAGUCUUCAAUUCGGUAUCCUACAGCAAUACCACCAUUGACACAAUUCCUUGCUGUGUUACAUUUUUUGGCUACAGGCUCUUAUCAGCAUGUGGUUGGAGACCUGGCUGGCAUGUCGCAGGGCCAGUUCAGUAAGGUCCUGCGGCGUGUCUGCCGUGCUUUCCUAAAGCGUGUGAAGCAAUUUAUUGCUAUGCCUUUGGAUGUUGGUGCCCUAGAUGUGGUGAAGCGGCAAUUUGAGGAAGGUGGUAGUCGCUUCCCACAUGUUAUUGGGGUUGUGGAUGGCACACAUGUAGCUAUUCAGCCACCAAGACAUAAUGAAGAAAUUUUUAGAAACAGGAAACUGUUUCAUUCUCUGAAUGUAAUGGUUGUUUGUGGGCCAUCCCUCCAGAUCCUUUCCCUGAAUGCAAAGUUUCCCGGAAACUCCCAUGAUGCGUAUGUCAUUAGACAAUCAGGGAUAUGGCACAGAUUAAGAUCAAGGCAACGAGAAGACAUGUGGUUAUUGGGAGACCGUGGAUAUCCUUGCACCCCCUGGCUCAUGACUCCUUACCGUAAUCCCAGGCCAGGACCACAGACGGCAUUUAACUCCGCGCUUACUGCCACUAGGCAGCUGGUUGAGCGCACAAUUGGGGUCCUUAAAGGGCGGUUUCGUGUGCUCCACCGCACUGGUGGCGACAUCAUGUAUUCGCCGGAGAUGGCAAGUAAACUAGUGGUCCUGUGCGCUAUACUACACAACAUCGCGGUAAGGAGUAGCGUAGAGCUUCCUCAGACAGAGGAAUUGCCUGAUGAGGAGCCAGGGGUUGUCCGACACUUCGGUGGGGGGAGUGUUACACGGAGGGGGAGCCAAGUCAGGGCAAGCAUUGUUGCGGAAUAUUUCAGCUGAAUGAUCACACAAACUGUGGACGACCACAACGGCAAGCAACACAUGAGGCACCCUCUCAGCCCCCUUCCCCUUCUCACUCCCCCUCCACUUCCCAGUCCCCCUCCCCUUCUCACUCCCCCUCCCCUUCCCAAUCCCCCUCAGCUUCCCAGUCACCCUCUGCUUCCCAGUCCCCCUCUGCUUCC